UGUUUGAAGGCAAUAAUAUUUAAUUGGUCUCUCUGCGCACAUCACCUGCCCAAAGUCUUCUUCUUAUCUCUCGCUCUCUGAUUCAUUUCUGGAUUUAUUUCUUCGUGUAAAAAUGACAAUAACAGUCACUUCAAUUCUAGUCUCCAUUGUUUAUGUUACAGUGCUAAGAUGGGCAUGGAGACUUUUGAACUGGGUUUGGUUUCGGCCGAAGAAGGUCGAGAGGUGCUUGAGACAACAAGGUUUUGCAGGCAAGCCUUACAGGCUUUUGUUUGGAGACUGGAAAGAAAGUUCAGAUAUGUUGAAAGAAGCAAGGACCAAACCCAUUGGUUUAUCAGACGCUCUUCUACCUCGAGUCAUGCCCUUCCUCCAUCAACAGGUCAACGAUUAUGGUAAGAAUUCAUUUAUGUGGAUUGGGCCAAAACCAAGAGUGAACAUCAUGAACCCUGAUCAGAUAAGGGACGUAUUCAUGAAGAUAAAUGAAUAUCAGAAGCCCUCGCACCCGCUGUUGAAACUUAUAGUAUGUGGACUUGCUAGUCACGGGGGUGAAAAAUGGGCUAAACAUAGAAAGAUAAUCAACCCAGCAUUCCAUCAAGAGAAGCUAAAGCUUAUGAUACCUGCGUUUUACGAGAGUUGUAGUGGGAUGAUUAACAAGUGGGAGAAGCUGGUCUCUGUAGACGAGGGAUCAUGUGAAUUGGAUGUCUGGCCUGAUCUUCAAGGCUUAACAUGUGAUGCUAUUUCUCGAACGUCGUUUGGAAGUAAUUACGAAGAAGGAAAAAGAAUAUUUGACCUCCUCAAGGAACUUACCGAUCUUACAGUUCAUUUUAUAAUAAAAGCAAUUGUCAUACCAGGGUACAGGUUUCUGCCGAUCCCAUCUAAUAGAAGGCUAAAAGCUAUUGACAAAGAAAUAAAAGCUUCUCUUAAUGCUCUCAUCAACAAAAGAGAGCAAGCAAUGAGUGCUGGUGAAGAUGCAAAGAAUGACUUGUUGGGUUUACUUCUGGAAUCCAAUUUUAGAGAAAUACAAGAGCAUGGAAAUACCAAGAGCGUCGGAAUGAGCAUUGAAGAUGUGAUUGACGAAUGUAAAAUAUUCUACGUUGCUGGACAUGAAACAACCUCAGUUCUUCUUACCUGGACCAUGGUUUUAUUGGCUCAGUAUCCGAAUUGGCAAGCACGCGCAAGAGAAGAGGUUGUGCAAGUCUUUGGUAACAAAACACCACAUUUCGAUGGGCUAAAUCACCUUAAAGUUGUUACCAUGAUUUUGUAUGAAGUUCUUAGGUUAUACCCGCCGGUAAUUAUGCUUAAUCGAGAUGUUCAUGAAGAAAUAAAGCUUGGAAAUUUGCUAUUACCUGCCGGAGUGCAGAUCUCGGUGCCAACAAUCCUCCUUCACCAAGAUCAUGAACUAUGGGGUGAUGAUGCCUCUGAGUUCAAACCAGAGAGGUUUGCUGAAGGUGUUUCAAAGGCAACAAAGAGUCAGGUCUCAUUCCUUCCAUUUGGAUGGGGUCCUCGAAUAUGCGUUGGACAAAACUUUGCUUUGAUUGAAGCAAAAAUGGCUUUGGCAAUGGUUUUACAGCGCUACUCUUUUGAGCUCUCCCCGUCGUAUAUUCAUGCUCCUCGCACAGUCAUAACUCUUCAGCCACAGCACGGUGCUCCAAUGAUAUUACGUAAACUCUAAAAUGUUUAUAUGUGACGGGUAAGAGUUAUCCUCUAGUUUAUAAUAUUAUGUACAAAUUAUGUUAUUAUGUUAUCAUGUCCAAUGACAUAUUUGUCAUAUUAAUCACAACAUUAUAGUUCUUUCCCACAUAAUAUUAACUAAAGUAAUGAUCUUUGGAUGUUAUUGUGUUCUUUCCCACAUAACAUGACAUGUAAUGGCAUAUAAUAAUUGAAUUGUCGCUAGUAUUAGUUUUUC